ACCUUCGUCAAUUCCCUUUCAAUAUCAAUCUUAUUAAACUUAGUUUUGUAGAAUUUAAACCUUUAUUAAUCGCGUAGUUCCAUAAAUAGGACUGUUAUUGCUGUUACAAAGCAACACCAUACUCACCUCAAUCUUGCUCCCGAAGUUGCUUCGCUACGACUCUACAGCAAGUUAAAAAGUAACAACAUUCUGCACUGUUGACAAAUGAUAUGGAAAAGCUCUAUGCAACUUGAGUUUUCUCUUAAAGGCAAGGAGCACAAAAGUCACCGAAUAAAGGUGCUAAAAGAUUUGACAAACUUGCGUGACAAGGAGACACCCCUUGUGUUACAAGGUGAUACACCGACUCAAGGAAAUUGAUUUAGGUCCUAGGAAGCAUAAAAGCUGAGUUCAAUUUGAUUCCUGGUAAGAAUCCAACAUGCAAGAAAACGAAAAUCCACCAUGGUUUAUUACAAGGCAAGGUUCCCCUUCAAAACCCCGAGGGAAUCAAUGCAGUUGCAUCGUGAAACUACCGGAGGAUGUCAUAGCUCACAUACUAAGUUAUUUACCUGUCAAGAGUCUGUUGCUUUUCAAGUGUGUCUCCAGGCUAUGGUGUUCCCUGAUUGAGAGUGAAUAUUUCAUCAAACUUCACCUUAGAAACUUUGUCCAUGAUAGCAGCGGUGCCAAACUUAGCCUCAUUCUUCAAGACACAUGCUUCUCAACGCCAAAGAUCUUUUCAGUUACCCACGUUGGUUCGCAGAAUGAAUGCGUCGAACUCGGAGGCCCGUUCGGUUACAGGACCAGAAUAUUGGGGUCUUGCAAUGGUUUGCUUUGCGUUUGUCAAUCAGACAUGGAAGACAGCGUCGAGUACAAACGAUCAGGGAAGUAUUACGUCUCACCGAAGAUAGCCUUGUGGAACCCAUUAACAAAGAAACUGCAUAUCCUGCCCUUCGCACCUAUUCAAGUUACAACAUGGAGUCCUCUCUAUGGUGUUCUUGACUCUCUUGAAUUUCAAUAUGCAUUUGGACAUGAUUCGUUCAACGACGACUACAGGGUUUUGAGAAUUGUACAGCAGAAUCCUGGAAUGCCUGAUCCUGAUAAGUUUAUCCUUAAAGCUAUGGUUUAUAGCCUGAAGGCUAAUUCAUGGAGAGAAAUUGUUGCACCUGGUUAUCUUCAUUAUAUUGUCAGUAAAGAAUCUGUGCUAGUCCGCGACGCUUUUCAUUGGUUGCUAAUCCAAGGGCAUGGAUUGGAUAUUGUUGCAUUUGAUAUUCAAAGAGAAGAGUAUUGCACAGUGCCACUGCCUAACUUAGAAACUAAGUCUUCUCUUUACUACAGGAAUUUGGGUGUCCUCAGACAAUGCCUCAGCUUAGCCUCUAGUAGUGUCCAUAAUGUUGAGAUAUGGGUGAUGAAGGAAUAUGGAAUGAAGGAUUCAUGGGUUAAAUUGUUCUUGCUUGAACAGUCUUCUUCACUAUGCUACAGUACUGUUCCAUAUGAUCUGGCCCCUUUAGCAUAUGUAAAGGAUAACAAUGAUGAUCAUAAGGUUCUCCUAAAAGGGCUGCCUGAUCAAAGUCUCAUAUGGUAUGAUCUAAAGCUAAAAACAUAUGAACAUGUCCAAAUUCAUGGGGCUCCAUGGCUAUAUCAACCCUAUAUUUUUGUUGGAAGCCUUGUCUCUCCUCUCCCUCCAAUGCAGAAACAAAUUGAUGGCAAGAUACAUCAGGAAUGUGAGAACUAGACAAACAAGAAGAGAAGAAUAGGAGAAGAAAUAGCCAAUUAGGGCCUGUAAAUCUUCUUUCUUUUCCUUAUUUUAUCCCAGAUUGUGAGACAAUUCAAAGUUUUAAUGUUGGUAA